AAUACAUAAUUAUAUUAUUAAAUUUUAUGAUAUAAAUGAAAGUUAAAAUGAUUUAUAAACAUUUACAUUGUAUUAUAAAAAAAUAUUUUACCAAAUAAUCAAGUGUAUUUUAUGUUGCAAGUAGUAAAUUGUCUAAUACUUUGAUUUAUUUAAAUAAAUAAUUUAUUGGAAGAAUACAUUAUAUUGCAAAGAUGGAUCUUCCACGUAUUUUGAUUAUAAGCACGGUAGGUGGUAAAGCUACUGAUAUUGCCAACAAAAUAGGAGGGAAAAAUAUAUCAAAUCAAGAAGAUAUUGUAUAUUAUCUUUGGGAUAUCAACAAUAAAUAUUACACAUCGCAGGUAUUAUUAUGUGCAACAGAAAAUCCAUGUAUCAACAUACCAACAGAAGGAGUUGAAGCAUUACUUAUACAUCAUGAUCCAUUAGCUGAUAAUGCAGAAAGAAAUUUAGAUCAAUGGUCAUCCUUAAUUUCUUCCCUUUCUAAAGCUGAUGUAUUAUUACUAACAUGUAAUAUAAUAUCUAAUAUGGAUAUUAAAGACAAAGUAAUUGCAUGGUGUAUAAAUAAAAAAUUUGAAUUAGUUGAACUGCAACAAAAUUCUAUAGAAAAAUUAGAAUGUGAUUCAGAACAUAAUACAUAUGGAAUUGAAAGAAUAAUUGAAGCUUUACAUGCACAUACAUGGCCAAAUAUUGUAUUAAAAGGAAAACCUUCUAAUGUUGAAGAAACAGAACCAGAUAUAAGUCAAGUAGAAAAAAAAUUAGAAAAUAUUCAAUUAACACGUAAUCCAUCUGAACAUCUUGAUAUAGAAAGUGUUCUUGAUGGUCUUAUGGGAGGUGAAGAUGCAGAUUUUGGUGAAUUAUUUAGUCAAUUAAUGGCUAUGAAAGAACAUGCAGCUUCUUUGCCUACAAAUGAAAGACGUAUAGCAGCAGAACAAUUAGUCACUGCUUUUUGGAAGGCAAUGGGUGGAGAUCCAUCAGAAAUAGACGACUGAAUUAUUUAUUACAAUUUAUGUGAAUUAAGUAAUAUAAUCAAUAUAUGCAUUUUAAAAAUCUAAGAAAGUAAUUGAUGUAAUAUCGUAAAGAGUAUUUCAUAAUAUACAAUUUUCUAUUUAUCAAGUCAA